AACAACAAGCUCGCCGAUGGAGAAGUGCAGAUCGGUGCCGCGCGAGCACUCGUCGGCGUACUACGGGUGCGGCGGCGGGUACGACUACGAGGGCGUGGGCCGCGGCGGGGCGGCCGUCAAGUCGUACAGCUUCAACGGGCCCAGCGCCGGCGAGGACCCGGAGGAGAAGCGGCGGCGCAGGGUGGCGUCGUACAACGUGUUCGCGUCCCAGGCCAGGCUCAAGUCCUCUGUCCGCGGCAGCUUCAAGUGGCUCAAGUCCAAGCUCUCCGACGUGCGCUACGGUGCCCUCUGAACUCUGCUGUCAACCUCUCCAAUCCUCCAUGAACCUCUGUAUAUGUACAUAUGGAUGCAUCAAGUGUGUGUUUGUGUACUACUACUGCUGUUAUACGUGCAGGCAUGGGCAGGUUGCAUAUAUGUGUGCAGCAUAUAUGACUAAGUUACAUGGGAAAAUUUGCUGUGGGUCA